AUGAACUGGACAGAUCAUCUGCACAGAGUAGCAGCAUCAUGUGAGAAGUCCUGGUACUGGGUAAAGAACAGUCCUGUAAACUGCAGCUGUGUCUCGUUGUCUUCAUCAGAUUCAUGUGAACUGGAACUGGACACAAACACAAUGAGCAGAAACCUCAAACUGUCUGACGACAACAGGAAAGUGACCGGUGUGAGAGAAUAUCAGUGGUAUCCUGAUCAUCCAGACAGAUUUAAGUCCUGUUCUCAGCUGCUGUGUAGACCUGGUCUGACUGGUCGCUGUUACUGGGAGGUCAAGUGGAGAGGAAGAGUUUAUAUAUCACUGAGUUACAGAGGAAUCAAGAGGAAAGGCCACAGUUAUGACUGUUGGUUUGGAGAUAAUGAUCAGUCCUGGAGUCUGAUCUGCUCUGAUGUUCAUGGUUACUCUGUCUUUCACUGUGGGACACAAACACCCAUCAUGUCCUCUGUCUCUCACAGAGUAUCAGUGUAUGUGGACUGUCCUGCUGGGACUCUGUCCUUCUACAGCGUCUCCUCUGACUCACUGAUCCACCUCCACACCUUCAGGACCACAUUCACUGAACCGGUUUAUCCUGGGUUCCUGGUCUGGCAUGGUUCCUCAGUGUCUCUGCGUCCUCUGUAGGACAUGAAGAGACAGCAGCUUCAGUGGUGGACGAGGUCAAAGCUCGUCUCAGUCAUUCUUUGUUGAAACCAUCAAUAAAUAAAGACUUAAAAAAUCAA